ACUCUCACAACCCCAACAUGGACACAGUGUUUCAUUUAAAUCCCAUUUCCAGCCAGAUCCGCUGAUUCGGCAACAAAUGCUUGGGGUUCGGCUUUCAUGGCGAUGUGAGGAAGAAAAAGUAAAAAGUAAACAACAGAAAAUCAGUGUUCGCGAGAGCUCUCAUAGAUCUAAUAUUAGCUUCAGAGCAGCCUCUGGAUCGUUCUAGCACUGCAAUUUUCCCGGCUCAAACGUUAUUGAAGGCCUCGAUCUGAUAGUAGGAAGUUAUGGGGUGUUUGAUUUAGUGCCUGAGCUAAAGAUUUUAAAGGAACUAUCAACUUUGUAUGCCUGCUUUGUAUUUACUGAGAUUAAAAAUCGGUUUGAUAUCUCUGCUGCAAACUUUCCACCCAAACCAUAAAUUUGUGGAUUAGAGGUCUAGUUCUGGAUAAACGUGGAUCUGGGCAUGUUUCAGAACCCUCCGCUUUGAAUUUAGCAAUAGAUCUGGUGUGUUCUUGUCGAUGGAGACGCUUGUUGUUUUGGCGCAGCAUAGGAAUCAAUACUACAGCAGAAGCAAGGCCAAUGAGCCUGCCAGAUUCGGUUCGUCACCGUCAAGAAAUUUCAGGGAGAUUAGUUGUAGAACUUUUCAAUCCGGGACAGGUAUACUCCCAACACCGUUGAGGGGGUGUACAACUCCUGUAGCCAAGAGGGCUUGUCCCAAUACCCCCAAAACACUGUCACCUUGUGCUAAAUUUCACUCUGAUGACUCCAAACACCUCACCGUGAAAACCACCUCACUCCCCAUUGACAUUGAGGUUUCUAACAAGCAGAAGUCAUUUAAUGACAAUUUCUGUUACUCUGAGCUCUGGGCUGGCCCUGCUUACUCGAAUUCUCCGCCGCCAAGUUCUUUGCCGAUUCCUAAAUUUUCACUCCAGCCAAAGCGCACUUUGUCACUAGAUAUGCCUGGUUCAGCCCCUGUUGUGAAAAUGCAUCCCACUGCCAAGUCUGCCCCGCCUUCCCCAACAAGAGAACCUCUCACUUCUCCAAAAGAUUUGUUUCUCAGUGUUGACUCUGCGACCAAGACUCUGCGUCGCAUCCUUAAUCUCGAUACCACUGAUGAAUGAACUGGAAGGAGCAUUAGGCUCCUGUAAAUAAGUCUGUUGUGCAAACUGGGUUAGUUUUAGCUUGUAUAUAGAAGGAAUAAAUUGGUCUGUAGCGUAACUUAUGACAAGUUCAUUAAGCUUUGUGUAUUGGUGGGUAUGAAGACAAUCAUGGAUGGUAGGUCAACAGUGCUCAGAUUUCAUGAAAUGAAUUGAUAAGUUGAGGAAGCUCUGGGUUUUGUUUAUGGGUAUCAUUUUACAAGAUGGGAAGGUUUGUGGGACAAGAUUCUCUAACAGGGAUGGUUGCUGCCUUUAAUUGUUCAGGAAGCAGAGGGAAACUUGUGCAUGAAUUUGCUUUCCAAGCAGUUUUUGUCUGCACACUUCUGGCUUGGGUUGGUAGAAUUGACUGUAUUAUCUAUUGGGAUUGAAGAGAACUGCAAACUAGGUGAUGGUGGAUACACGAAGUCUCAGUACAGUUUCUUUUACAUGCAGUAGUCUCCUUAGAUUUAGGUCUCCAUUUUCAUAUACAGUGUAUAUAUUGUAGAAUCUUCAUGUUCCAUAGGUACCUUUAUUUUCACAAAUGUCAUCGUUGUACUGUUGAUCUCUAACCUACUUUCCUUUUCUUUGUUCUAGGUUCAUCAUUGAUUAGUCCUUCCGUAGUUACUGGUUUAAUGUUGCUGUAGCUUACUUCUUAGAUGAUCUUCCAAUUUCUCGUGUAGUCCAUCAUUGCCUGACUUCUCUACUAAUAAUCUUUUCUUCUUCAUUCUCACCGUUUCCUUUUUCUAAUAGGCAUCCUCACUGUUUAUUUACUUCUUUCCUUUCUCUUCUUUUAUUCAUAAUCUGACUCUGCGCACUCUGUGGGAGUGUCAUACUGUCAUUCUCCUUCACUGUCUUUUCUGGUUUUUAAGAGAGAAAAGAGUGGAAGGGAAGCUGAGUUAGUUCUUGCUGCUGUUCCUCCUUAUUGUAAUGCUAAGUCAUGUUGCACCAUCCUGUGUUAAGCUUAUUAGUUUUCUGUUCCUUUUUGAGUUAGCAAUGCCUCUUUCUCAUCGAUCUUUAUCCGGUUGUCUUCAUUAGAGAUCGUUGAUCAUACCGAACUGUUUGCAAGGUAACACCAUUGCCAUUUCUUUACUGUCAAAUGUUUGAUUGAUGCUUGCCUUAAAAUUGUUGCUGAUGAAGAUUUUUAAUCAACAUGUUCUACCAGUGCAGAACCGGGCAGCCUGCAGCGGAAGAUUUUUCAGGAAGCUGUUUCUGAAUUGCAUUCCGCCCUUAAUGUUUGUAGUUUUUAUUCAAGUCAUAUUUAGUUUGGCUAUCUUCUUGACGGUGUCUUAGCAAAUGCAUAGUAUCUGUAUCUGCCUGUUUUGACUCAACUACCAGGCAUCCUUUGAAUUAAUGGAGUUAGUGUUAAGACUGAA